GUGUACAAAUCGUUGUGGCUAUCCUGCACCUACCCAAGUCUCCUCGGCGUCUCACAGCAGAAGACAAGAGUUUCUUCUGGAUCAAAGGUGGUCAUGAUCUCAUUCCGGAAGUGGGUCUUUUUCUUCCUGGUCUCAUACCACGUGACCACAGUGGCGGGAAUGGUUUUACCAGAAAAUAAGACACAGAGAGCUUGUCAGACGGAAGACUGUCGGUUAGGUCAGCACAUAGCUGGCAUGAUGAACAGAAGCGUUGACCCCUGUGAAGACAUGUACCAGUUCUCAUGCGGGGGAUGGCUUCGUGAUAAUCCAUUGCCUGAAAAGCGUAAGAGACUAAUGCCAAUGGACAAAACGAGCAGUCAAAUAGAUGAACAACUUAUUCAAUUAUUUCAGAGCAAUGACACCACAUAUAAAGGGAACGAGUCUACAGCUAUACGAAAAGUGAAAAAACUUUACAGAAUUUGUAAGGACAGGGAUUCUAUUUAUUACAAAGGAAAUGAAACUCUUCUAAAAUUAAUUGAAGAAUUGGGAUCAUGGACAGUGACUUCUACUCUCGGAGAAUGGAAUGAAACAUCAUGGUCUCUUCAGAAAGCUCUAGAGAAAAGUCACUCUCUGUGGGGGAAAAGUUUCUGGUCAAUAAGUGUUUCCAAAGAUGUCACAAACGGAACUCGUUAUAUUUUAUACUUAAGACAGAAUGGAAUUAUUAAUUCUAAUCCAAACAAUUAUAAUGAUACGGAACUGAAAGAAAAGUUUCUGAAUAAGACUGUCUCCAAUGCGGCCAUCUUAGGAGGAGAAGAAGAGAGAGCUCGAGACAAAAUGGAAGAAGUUUUUGAGCUGCACUUUAAUUUGUCGAAGAUAUUUGUUCCUACAAAUGAGCGAGAGAAUCCUUUAAAUCUUGUCAACAAAAUGACUUUGAGAGAAUUUCAGAACCUACUAGGAUCAUGGAUUGACAUUGAACAAUAUUUUUCUGCUUUCCACGAUCAAAAGUUUCUGACCAAAGACGAUGAAAUGAUUGUCAAAGAUCCAAACUAUUUCAAGAAACUGAAAGAUAUUAUGGAGAAGACAAAUAAAGAAGUGUUAGCUAAUUAUAUUGUCUACGAUUUCAUUGAAAAAGCUCUUCCUUACCUCCCUUCAAAGCCAUUUAACGGAUCAACAGAAUUUCGAUCUGAUAAAAAAUGUUUAGACCUGAUAUCGAGCAUGAUGGGAUUGGCAGUAAGUGCCCUCUACCUGGAGAACAGAGACUAUUCAGAGAUAACGCCCAAAGUUCAAAUCUUGUUUGAUAACAUAAGAGAACAGUUUGUUCAAGAGCUUGUCAAUCAAAACUCGACUGAUUCACAAACUAAGUCAAUACUUAUAGCUAAAGCCAAAUCCACAACUAUACGAAUUGGAUUCCCAGACUUUAUUACUGACUCAGCAAAACUUGAUCACGAGUUUGAGGACCUUGAGAUUGUGGAAACAAACUUUCUGGACAAUUUUGUUCGCGUAAAUAGUUUUGGAGAUGCUAAGAUUAUAAAAAAUUACAGAGGGAAUCCAGAGCCAAGUUGGUCAAAAAACCUGCAUGAGACCAACGCAUAUUACGACUCUUUGUUCAAUCAAGUUACUAUAUUAGCUGGCUUAUUACAGGAGCCAUUUGUGUCUCUGUCAUACCCAGACGCUUACUUGUAUGGUCUUAUUGGAACAGUCAUUGGCCACGAGCUUCUUCAUGGCUUUAGUGGCACUUUAAUAUUUAUUGACGCUAAUGGUCAUGUCGGAGACUUCUGGGCUAAAAACUUUACCGAAACAUUUCAAAGGAAAUCAAAAUGUUUGAUUGAUCAGUUUGACUCCUACAUCUACAAUGGGCACAAUCUGAAAGGCAAAUUAAGUUUAGGCGAAACUACCUCAGACAAUAGUGGCAUGAAGUAUUCCUUUAAAGCUUAUAAAAAUGCCAUCAAAUCAAAUCACUCUUUACCUUACUUGAAUCUCACUGAUGAGCAGCUGUUUUUUGUCGGCUGGAGUCAGUUCUGGUGUGGUCACUACGAUUUUGAAAAGGUGAAAAAUAUAUUUAUAGAAAACAGUGUUCAUCCAAUUUCUCAGUUCAGGGUGUAUUCUACGAUGUCAAACAGUGAAGAUUUCAGCAAAACCUUUCAGUGUUCCGAAAAUGCUACUUUAAACCCAGACAAUAAAUGCAGUGUGUGGUGAAGACGCGAAACAUUUCCUGCCUGGGAACACGAUAGAUGCUUUGUUAAAGAGUUCAUGUCUGUGUUUUAAACCGAAAUAUAUGAGUUUAU